CUGAGGCUGUGUCCCUGAGCGUUGCCAGUUUGCACACCCACGAGCAGCAAAGAGCACGGCAGAGGGCAUGGAUCACGGCCGUGGGUCCCCGCCGCCAUGGCAAUACAGUCGUCCUGAGCCUCCUUCUUCCCAGGCCUAUGGUGGGCCCAUGCAGGCCAGUGGUGGACCCAUGCAGACCGCGACUGUGAUGGACCGCGCAAUCGUGCGGGCCGGCCCCACCUGGCAGGAUUCAGACUCGACUGACCCUAAGGCGCAAUGGACUCACGGCCCCAACAGGCUAAGUUUACCAAGCAGGUCAGCACCAAGCUCAGCACAACAGGCACGGUGGGGCGAAGAAAGGACUUCGAUGAGGUCUCGAAAUGGCUGGCGCAGCUUCUACGAGAUCCGCGGAAAGCCAGGAAGUACAAUUUGGAGCUGGACCACGAUGGAUGGGCGAAGUUCCAGGACGUGGAAAGGUGCCUUCGUGGUCACCGCAGCGAGCUUCGCCGCCGGUUGGUGCCAUUGUUGAGGAGAGUCAUUCAGCAGAGCAAGUACGACGACGGCCCCCAGGCUGGACAGGAGCGCUUCGAGCUGGGUUGGUGGCAAAGGGAAGAGUAUGUGCGAUCCAAACGAAAGCGCCGCAAUGAGAGGCCGCCUGAGAAUGUGCAGCAGCUGGAACGAGCUGGCGGUGCUGUUUUCCCCCCUGCUAGGCAGCCAGUUGAGAACCUCGCACUGCUGCCGAAACGGGCGCCAACGGCCGACAUGCCAAGAGCUGCCGAAAGGCCGGAGAAAGUUGCAUGGCCGGAACGAGAACCGCCUGCAAUCUGUGACAUUUCGCAAGCCACAGACGAACACCUCACGCAGCGGCCCGAACGAGCUCCACCAGCCAUUGCCAACAUCCCGCAGCAAAAAGUGGAGAGGAGGGCUCGAUCAUUCUAUUUGCCGAGCCACGUCUUUAAGCUGAUUUGGGAUUUUGUGGAGAGUUACCGAGAGCUGCGAUGCUUGAUGUCCUGUUCCAAGGAGUGGGAGAAGGGCAUUUGGCCACUGCUCAAGUGUCCAGCCGGCCCAACUGAUCGGCAAAAAUGUGGCUUGAAAGAGAUAUCGCUGCGAUGUGGGCAUAAAAUUUGCGGAGGCUGCAAAGACAAGCAGUCAAAGUGCCCUGUUUGCUGGCGUUUUCCGCGUGAUGAAGGUGAUUACAAUUCCCUGAAGUCUAUGGACAACCCGCGCACCUCAGAGCCCUCACAGAGAGACACUGCGAGCCUCUACUCCAUCUCGGAGGAGGUGCAGAUCCCAGAUCGAUGCAUUUGCAGGCCAAACGAGAGCUUUGCCAAAUUGUUUUCCGUGCAGCAGCCAGAGGAGGAACAUCAUCCACUGGACGUCACGGAGAGCUACUGGGCCCAACAUUAUUUUCCUGAUGCUCGCGCCACGACGGUGGUGAGACACUGGGUGCUGAUACGCGAGGGCAAGCAGAAGGUGGCAAAAGUGUUCUUUUCCACUGGAGCCAUCCAAUUUCUAACGCUCGACCUCAGACAGUAUGAGGAACACAGUUACUUCCACUUGACCUCGAAAUCCUGCGACACCGAAUUCGCUGCCGUUCAAAACGUGCUGGCGCAGACUGCAGCAAGGCCAAAAAAUAGAUGGAAUCGAAUAAAUCAUAAUUUCAAUUAAUGAAAUAGAAUGUCAAG